AUGAGUGGGUCAAGAUGCGUCAGUCACGGAGGCAAGCAAGAAAAGCGAGGGGCGGCACACAGCGACCGAAGAAAGAUAGGAAGAAGGAAAAAACAAAAAAAAAAAAAAAAAAAAAAUAAUAAUAAUAAUAAUAAUAAUAAUAAUAAUAAUAAUAAUAAUAAUAAUAAUAAUAAUAAUAAUAAUAAUAAACGCACAGAACCAAUAUGUGCGAACCGCUGUAAUAAUGAGGGGUUUUGGUUUGAAAGGACAGGUAAAAUUGUAACGAAUGGAACCUUAAUAAAUAAAACAUCCGGAAGAAGACGCAAUGGGAGAUCCAAUUCAAAGCACAUUUUAUAUUAA